AUGACCUUCAUCAGCAAACUGGGGCAAUUUUGUGCCUGGUUAUUGUUGAUAUCACUCAUUAUUGGCUCAACUCUCUGUGAAGAGAAUCAACUUGAUCUUAAAAAGCCGGAAACCCCAGAAAAUUCUUCCACAAUUUCAGACUUGAAGCCUGUGUCACUCAGACGCAGAUCCCCACUUCCCCAAGCAACUCAAUGUCCACCUGGUCAAGGACUCAAUAAAAAGAAGAAAUGUGCCAAAUGUGUGCUUUGA